AUGGCUACGAGAAGACCAAUGCCGGAGGACUGGGUACCCUCCACACAAAUUAAGAUCCGAAUGAAACCGCGGGACGAGCGCGUGAGGCUGCCGAGAAGCGUCCAACAGUGCACACGACCACCGCCAAUACGUCUGCUUUCACCUCCCACAGUGGGCUCACUGGAAUCGCCACCAUUACCGUUCAAGGAGACCUUCGAACAGCAACAACAGCAGCUGCCACGCGACCCGGAGGUUGUCGAUGUGGCCGCUCCAAACUCUUGGCCAAGACGAGGCGUGAGUGGAAGCCAUGGCUACCUUCCCCGCUAUGCCCCGUCGCCGACAAUACGAGUCGUAAGCCCAAGUCUCUACUCUCGCUGUAGCACCGGCGGUCGCAGUGAGGUCUCCUUCGGCGUGCUGGAUUACUAUCUGCGUGCUCCGUCGCCAGACCCAAGCCCCUUGCUUCCGCCACCACCUGCGCCUGCGGUUGAAAUGGACCCGGCGAUGGAGAAGUUCGAUUUCGAGUUGGUGUCCAUGACGCCGAAGACCCCAAAAGCGGCAUCAGGCCAACGAAAUGCCACAAGCUUAAACACCAAGCCCUUGCCAGAACCUGUACCAAAGACCGUAAGCGGUGCAGAAAACGAGACCCAACUCAUCGACGUCUCACCACCGCCACCAAACAAACCGCUUCCGCCCUUAACCUCCCACAAACGAGGCUACAGCCUCUUCCCCACAAUCAAAGAGCUACCUCCUCGCCCUGGCAUGCCAGCCCCAACACCCUCCUUUGACGCCCGCGCCCCGGCGCCCACCCGGGAGCGAGCAGCGACCACUAGCAUUGUCCCGCCCGCAGCCCCACAUGAACAACCCCACCCUUCCUACCGCCCUCGCAAAGAAAGCCUCAGCAGCUCCAUCCGCAGCCGGAAGGACAGUUUCACCUCCUUCCGCUGCUCUGGCGGCUCGGGAGGCGGCAACCAUAACCAAAAACGCAUCCCCCUCCGCAUCCUCUCAUCAAGCUCCACCGCCUCAGCGCGAACCUUCUCGACAGCAUCCGCCUCAUUUUCCAGCAGCGGGUCGCCGCCGGACGCCAGUAGGUGGUCGGAGGAUACCAUUACCUCACCUGGCAUCGUGACGACGAAGGGUCCCCGGACGAGUUUCGGGAGUUUGUUGGGUCCUCAUGCUGAAGGGAGAGCGAAUGAGGGUGCAGUGCAGUAUCCUGCGUGUUUUUUCGAGGAUGACGAGGAUGAUGAGGCUGCGCCUUUGAGGAGGAAGUUGGGUUGGACGAGGACGGGAAGUCGGACGCAAGCGCAAGAGCGUGGGGGUGGGAGGCAGAGGGGGAGGUUGGAGGGGAGGAGUAGUUUUGGGAUGACGGUGAAGAAGGUGGUGUUGUGUGGAGGGUGUGUUGGGGCGGGAGGGGGAGGAAAGUGA